GCUGCUGGACAUGCCAUGGCAGACAAAAACUUCACUCUCACAGGGCAGAGACGCCGCCAGCAGCCUUGGAUCGAUGCACCACUUACUUCUCUCUGCUUCAGUGUAACGAAGCCCUGGACAUGGAAAGAUCCAUCCAUGGAGAUUAGCGAACUGUGGAUAUCAUCAUUCAAAUACCGAGGAAAGUUUGCAGCAUCCAGAUUAGGACCUGACCUUCUGUUCGCAGUGACUUGGAAGUAUGUGUGUGUAAUGCAUAAGGAGUGUCCUAGCCAAUCUCCGGACUACAUCUGCGCCACUCCUCUACCCUGCCAAUGUCCCGAAUCCGCCUCCGCCACUGCUCCACCACGCCAAUAUAUGUCGUGCCUCCGGCUCCUCCAUCACAGCUCCUCCGCCACCUCCACCUUGCCGCCCUCACGUUUCUGGUCUCCCCACGCUGCCUUUGCGGAAGCCACAGAGCGUGUCCGCAGCGGGACGCUCAGCCAGAAGGAUGCACACCACCUGUUCGACGAAUUGCUUCGGCAGGCCACCCCGGUCCCUGAGCGCUCCCUCAACGGUUUCCUCACUACGCACGACCGUGCACCGCCGUACGACGUCUGCAGAAGCGGCCGCACUCUCGCCGUCGCUCUCUUCAAUCGCGUGCGUCGAGAAGAUGCUGGCCUGCAGGUGGCGUCGCCCACAGUCUGCACCUACAGCAUCCUUCUGGACUGA